AUGCAUCCUGGGUCUGACCCAAUGGGUGCACCUCCCAGCUUUGCGCAGCGGAGGCCUCAUGCUGCUCAGUUGGGUAGCUUCGAACUUCCACCUCCGCCAAUGCACAAAUAUCCCUUCACUAACCACGGUACCGUCUCGCAGUCGUCACAGGCGCCGACAACCAUCGCUAGUGUUGGCAACCUUCUCACACCACCGAGUACCAUCCACGGCGACGUGAUAAGCCCUUCGUCUGGAGUGUCGACAAGCGGCGCAGGCCCAACAACGAUGGCCUACCCCCAGAACUACAAUCACAUCUACUCUCCACCUACGCAGCAGCCAUCGUACGGCUACCCGCCUGCACACUCCCAGCAAAACCACUAUGCGCAGCAAAGCCGAGGUAUGUUUGCUCUUCUGUACCGUGAUCGUCAGCUCGGGCACCAAGACUUACUCCGCAAAGGGCUGAACCCUCCACCCUAUGAGAUGAACAAUCAGCUGCCACCAUUUACGCCAUCGUCCAGCGGAUCACACAUGCCGUCGAUGCCUGCACACCACCAACAGCCUCAUCAUAUGAUGAGCACACAAACGCCUGUAUCCUCAGCACCUCCUCAACAGUCGCCAGCACUGCCUCAGGACUCCUUCAGGCAACCACAUCCGCCAACACCGACAUACAACUAUCAGCCAUCGGGAACGCCUCAGCACUCGAACUUCCCAUACUCCACAGGGCCAUCGCCGACUCAGCAGCACAGCCAAAGCCCGAUCAGCGCAGGUGGCUCCAUGUCUAGGAUGUCGCCAGCGGUUUCGCAAGGCCAAAUGCCCUCGAUACCAUCGAAUAACCCAGUGCAGUCACCUUCUUACUACCAGCGACCACCUCCAUCAGCAUAUGCAUCAGGGCCAUCACCAGUCUUUUCGAACGUCCAGAACCCGAACGGUGGGCUUGCCUUGGUAGGUGUACACCCUGGGAUGAUGCCCUGUUUCAACAGUGGACACGCAGCCCAGAUGCCUCACUUCAUGGCUGGACACAACCCUCAUCAGCAACCGGCUUCCAACGACCGACCAUUCAAGUGUGAUCAGUGUCCUCAGAGCUUCAACCGCAAUCACGACUUGAAGCGCCACAAGAGGAUCCACUUGGCAGUCAAGCCUUUCCCCUGCAACUACUGCGACAAGAGUUUCUCGAGGAAGGACGCACUCAAGCGUCACAUUCUUGUCAAGGGAUGCGGCAAGGCUGCCGCGAACAGCGACGAUACAAAGCGCGAGAGCCACUCGCCCAAGUCGGAAGCCGUCGAUUCGAAAGCAAUGCACUAG